AUGCUGGAGCAUAACAAGCAGAAACAUCUUUCCGAAAAAUGAGCUCAUCUCCGGGCACUUCCGCCACGACACCCACCAAACAGGUGAAUAGUUGGAUGGAUGAAGUUCUACGAACUUCGAGCAAUGGUUCGGGCAAGAAAAAUUACUCCAAUCUGCUGGAAAUGGAACGUUUCGCGAGCGCCCUGGACACCGUAGAAGAUCCCGACAUCCCGAUGCUACCCGAUGCCGAUGAACUACAGGAAAGCCUCUUUUACAACGAAUCGCCCAAUUUACCCUCGGUAACAACUUACAAGCAGCUAAGUUCGGACAUUUUCCCCAACGGUAAAUCAACGCUUGGAAAUUUGGACGAAAUCGAUAUUUCGGUGCUGACGGAAUGCUUGGAGAACGAGGACGACAUCGAGGAACCGGACGAGCCCUGGGUAUGGGACCAAUUGUUCACCCAACUGUCAAUCAAAAUAAGCACCGAAGCGAAGGCAAACGUGGUGGAAUUCAAAAACUAAGCUGUGAUUCACUUAAAAAUACAUUUCUAUCACGAAGUUUA